AUGUUGCUUAAAGACAUGUUGGAAGAGUUAAAUUUAAAAAAAAGUUUAGAUUUGAAUGAUGCUUGUAUUUUGUGGUGCACUCUAAGUGAAUUUAGUGAUUUAGAUUUUGAUAAACUAAUUAAUCAACUCAGAGUUGAGAUAUUGGAAGAUGAGGAGUUUGAGAGAAUUUUAAGAUAUAAAAUACUAAAUGAUAGAAAAAGAUCCUUAUUGAGUGUGUUGUUAAUGAAGUUGAGUUUAAUGAAUUAUUAUGGUAUUUCCUCAAAACAGGUGAAAAUAAUCCGAGAAAAAGGGAUGAAACCAUAUUAUAAAUACAACUCAGAAGAACCAUUAAUUCACUUUAAUGUUUCACAUGAUGGAGAUAUUGUGGUAAUUAUUUUGUCCAAACAUAUUGUGGGAAUUGACAUAAUGAAGUCAGAGUUGCCUUCAAGAAAUAAGUUAUCAAACAAUAAUAUUGAAGAAGCUAAGGAGAAGUUUUUGAAAAAUAUGGCAAAUACUUUCCAACCAUCAGAAUGGGAAUAUAUUCAGAAAGAUAUCUCUAAAUUUAUGCACUACUGGACAAUUAAGGAGUCAUUCGUUAAGUAUAUUGGAUUAGGACUUUAUAUUGACCCAAAGAGAUUAUUAAUUGAUGGAAGUUUAGCAAAAGAAAAUAAUUGGAAUUAUUCGAAUUCAGUUUCUUUGGAACAGAGAAGUAUAUAUAUGGAUAAUCAAAUGCAGAAAUUCCAACCAUUAGAUAAUAUAUCUAAGAAUCAAGUGGGCGAUUCUAGAAAAGAGAAUACACUGUCAGAGUUCAUUGAAAGUUCCAGCUUAAAGAUGUCAAUGGAUACAGAUUAUGAAGUUUUGAAUGAAGUGGAGUCAAUGUCAAUAUUGAGACCAAAAUACCCAACGCAUGUAGUUACCAAGCAAGGAAUAGAGUUGAGAAGCUCAUCCUAUGGAGUUGAGGACAGAGAGGGUAAUAUUGGUGAAUUGUUAGCAGUAACUCAAAUUACUGGGGUUGUUUAUAUGACAUUUGAUUCGUCUGGAAGACUUUAUUCAAUUAAAAAGGAUGUUGCUAGAGAAUUUUUGGGGGAGUUACAAGAUGAAAGAAUGAAUUGGGAAUAA